CUUUAACCCUGCAGCCUCUGCGGAGCUGUUCUCCUGCUGCUCUAUGUGUCCCUGAUACAGGGCUGUCAGGAACUCAGUUUGUUUUUUGAUCUAACGCUGCUGUAUAGCAAUUGUCAUCUGAGUAUUUACAGAGGAGACAAUACGGCAGUCUGAUGAAACACUAGCAGAGCCCUGGAGAUAGGGUUACUGCCUCUAAGACUCAACCUACACCACCGUUACACUCUGCUGAAGAUCUUCAUUGCAAUAUGGCCUUCUACCUACAGCCCGUGCUACAAGACUUACUGCCUAUUCCUCAUCCACGAAUUUAAGCCAAGUAAUACAAAGCUAACCAUGGAAUACUGCCGGGAUGUGCAUCUACUGACAUAUGUGAGUGCUAAUACACAGUGUUAUAACUGCAUGGCAGUGCCAGGGAUGAUUUCGUGAAAAUUCUAGAAUGCCUGGGUGCUUCAAGAAAAUCAUAUUCUCCUUGGCUUCCGCGUUAAGUUUCGUCUCAUUCUUGCUGAUCGUUGUUGCCAUGGUGACUCAAAAGUGGAUGACCGGGAAGACACUUUGUCAGACGGGAGUCGAUUUGGUCAAUGCCUCGGAUCCAGAGCUGGUCAAGUUUAUUGGGAGUAUCUACUACGGGCUUUUUCAGGGGGGCAAAAUCCGCCAGUGCGGAUUGGGGAAGCGAAGUUUCACGUUUAAAAUAUUUCCAGACAUGGUGAAAACACUGAACACUGCCCUCCAUGUGAUCAUUAUCCUCUUCCUCUGCACAGCCAUUUCUUUUGCACUGAUCAGUUUUGGAUACUGUAUAUAUAAUGCACUAAAAGUCCCAUAUCGGUCCAUCAAAGGUCCUGCAGGUAUAUGUCUCUGGAACUUCAUUGCAGGUCUGUUCAUUCUGUUCGCAGUCACCAGCUUCAUUGCUGCUGUCCGACUUCACCAGCUGACUGAGAGGAUUGCAAACUUUCGUGAACAUGUCUUCAGGAUCAUCAUUCUUGAAGAACAGUACGAGGACUCAUUCUGGUUGUGUGUGGCAAGUGGGGCAACUCACGCUUUCAACAUGUUGCUUAUGGCAGCAAGUAAGAUUCGCCUUCCUAAAUUUAAGACAAAGACUGAAGAGGCAAAUGUAACUGCGGAGGACAUUAUGUAUUAGUUCCAGGGACCUUUUUUAUUGGAUCUGAUAUUCCAUAUUGGCAUAGUAGUGCUGUACAUGUUAUUAGAACUUGCUUGUAUCAAGUGACCCUUCCAUGUAGAUCAGUUGGUUCUCCAUAACAUACAUAUACUCAUGGACCACUUGCUUUACACAAUGUGAGGGGUCUUAUCCUUAACAGCUAAUGGAUUUCAGGCAUGGCUUUAAAGACAAAUACAGACAGGAUCUGCCCCAGGUAAAAAAUAAGUCUAAAGCCAUUUUUUUUUCUUUUUUAUUAUUUUGUGACAAGUACCCUUUAAAUAUGUUUGUAACAGUC